ACUGGGAAAGGGAGGCGACUGUUAAUGGGUAUGGUUUUAAAGUCCUACAAUUGGCUCCUCUCUGAGGGGGUGUGGCUAGGCCCUGGGGGGCUUGGCCGGAUCUAGGGCAGGAUGAGCCAGUUUAAAGCCCGGCUGAGGCGCGGCGGCCCAUGCUGUGGUGGCUGUUAAGCGUGGAGGCAUGGAGGAGUGCGCUUGCCUCUGCCGCGUGGGCUCUUCCAGGGGAUGUCCGUGUCCUCAGAAGCGCCCGCGCCCAGCUGAGACGGCAGCGGCCGACGCCAAGCGGUGUCGUCAGGAGUGCCAGCGCCCAGCUGAGAUGGCAGCAGCCAACGGCAAGCCGGCCCCGGCAGAAAAGCACGUCGAGGCGGACGCGGCAUCGCGGUGCUGUGCGGGGAGUGGAGGAAUCGCGAGUCCCAUGCUGGCCCCGCCGUCCCCGCGCUGCUCGCUGCAGGACCUGCCGGUGGAGAUGCUGGUGGAGAUCUUCGCCUCGCUCCCCGGCACCGACCUGCCCAGCCUGGCCCAGGCCUGCACCAAAUUCCACCACAUCCUGCACACCGACAGCAUCUGGAGACGGCGCUGCCGCGAGGAGUUUGGCUUUCAUGAAAACGUGCAGGACCUGAGGAUGAUCGGUAUGUCUUAUCGAGAACUCUACGCGAAGAUGUUCCCAUACAGACACAUUUUGGGUUUGUGGCAGCUAGACCAUGGCUAUAGAACACUGCUGAACGUCGUGGUGGACGGCUUAUGCAUUACUGGUUGGACGUGCAGGCCUCCCCUUAACACCCAUGUGGAUGGCCCAAUACGUUUCCAGCCCUCGUUCCGAAUUCGCCUGACGGAGGGGAAAUCAGCCGCGGUGGAGUGCCUGGAGGGCCUCCUCGGCAGGCCCCACCGCGGCCACAUGCAGAUUCAGGAGGACAGGCUCACCGUCCAGUGCAAGAGGACCGACCACCGAACGGAUUCACCCACGCGGCUCAGGGGAGAACGGGGGCGGGUGCAGGAGGACGGACAGCGGUAUGACUGCCUGACCUACCGCCGCCUCUACCUCCCGCCACGCCGCCCGGACGACCUCAUCAGGCCAGGCCUCUUCCAAGGCAAAUACGAUGCCUACGGCCCAAUGAUUGCCUUCCUCAGCUUCCACGGGAAGUACGCCAGGGUCACGAAGGUCAUGGGAAUAACCAAGACGUUAGAGAUCCACCUCAGGCGCCGCAUCCAGCUGCGAGAUGGCGAGAUCUUCCGCAACUUCGACGAGCUCUCCCGCGUGGUGCAGGAGAUUGACGAGCAGGUGACCCGGGAGCAGCAGCAGCAGCAGCAGCAGCAGCAGCAGCAGCAGCAAGAAGACGGGACUGAGGAAAGCCAGGGCCAUGGCUGGCCGAGCCCUGCCCAGCCCAGCGCCGGGGAGUCCGGGGCUGCAGCUCCGGAGGAGCAGCCUGUCCCGUUUGUGCUGCCUGUGGGCGUGCGCUCAAGAGACCAGAACUACCCCCGAACCUGCAGGAUGUGUUUCUACGGCGUGUACAUGGUCACCUUCCAUGGCUUCACCUUCCCCAGGCGCUUCCCUGGAAUCUUCAUCCUGUUCGAUGAGAACCACUUCGGGUUCAUCUGGCUGGAGGUGAAAUACUUCAUCCUGUACAGCAGAGUCCAGGACACCUUCCAGAAUGUGGAGGCGCCAUCCCCGCAGGCCUUCCUGGAGAUGCUCAAGGACAUUUAGCCCAGGCCCCCUGGGAGGAGCAGCUUGCAUGCACUUUUUCUGCAAUCUUUUUUUAAAUAUGCUUUUUAA